AUGGAUCCUGCUCCUUUAUAUUCAGACGUGUUCUGUGUCGUGUGCGCAGAGCAGAGCUACGGGGAGGUGAACCAGCUCGGCGGGGUGUUCGUUAACGGCCGGCCGCUGCCGAGCGCGGUGCGGCUGCGGAUCGUGGAGCUGGCGCAGCUCGGGAUGCGGCCCUGCGACAUCAGCCGCCAGCUGCGGGUCUCCCACGGCUGCGUGUCCAAGAUCCUGACCCGCUACAACGACACCGGCUCCAUCCUGCCCGGGGCCAUCGGCGGCAGCAAGCCCCGGGUCACCACCCCCGCCGUGGUCAAGAGCAUCCGGGACUACAAGCAGGACGACCCGGGCAUCUUCGCCUGGGAGAUCCGGGACCGGCUUCUCUCGGACGGGGUGUGCGACAAAUACAACGUCCCGUCUGUGAGCUCCAUCAGCCGGAUUCUCAGGAAUAAACUCGGGACUGUUUCACAGCCGUAUGAGAGCAGCAGAUCGGUCCCGGCUCAGCUCCAGUACGGACACGUCUACCCGUACCCCUCCUACACUGGCCCCGCAGUGGCCCCCACCGGGACCAGGACCGGCAGCGGCCCCGCCGGACACGCUGGCCUGCCGCGUAGCUGGCACGACAUCCUGGGCAUCCGAGCCUUCAUGGACCCGGCAGCACUGCCUAGAUCUGAUGGACACCCAGCCAAAAUGGAGGACUGGACCAGUAUGACCAGUGUGGCCAGCAUGAGGCCGUUUCCUCCUGGAAUCAAUGGAGCAGAGAAAACCUACAACGAGCCAGACCUCAAAUACCCGCAGCAGUCUUCGUCCUGUCUGCCUGGUUAUGUCUCAGCUUGUGCGUAUUCUCCACCGAACCAGUACGGCAUGUACGGAGGUCCAGCAGCCAACUACAUGAGCACUGGACACCCCUGGCAGCCCCAGCCCAGCCUGAGUUCCAGUUUGACUCAGAGUCAGGCUCAUCUCAGCCCUGCAGCAACACUGGAGGCUGCAGACUUGCACACUGCAACAUCUUUCAAACUGCCACAAAGAGACGAGGACAGGAAACCUCUGAGUCCUCUGUACAAAGACCAUCAUGCUGCUCACAGAUCGUCUUCAGGCUCGUGAUGACAACAAGGAAACUCAAGAAGACGAUGUGACGCU